AUGAAUUCUACCAUACCACCGCUGAUGACAGAUGGCAUGGCUCCAGCCGAUGAUGAUCUGAUAGAACUCAUGCAAGAAUUGCUGUCUGUCUACUUGAUUCUGGGUAUAAUUGGUUUUGUUGGUGUUCUUUUCAACAUUCCGCUGAUGUACACUCUUCUG